AUGAAAACGGAAAUAAACUCUAGGUCUACAUCGACUCUUGAAAGAAUUGCAUUGAACAUUUUCUCUACUGCAUUCACAGAUAAAUGCUCAGCGAGGUUAGCAACUAGGCGCUCUCAAUCCAUUAUGCAUACAGUCUUUUUGGUGUUGUGCGCGAGUGGCGCCCUGGCCGUGCCUCUGUACGAAGAGACGACACCACGCGACGGCGAGAGGUGCGGUUAUGAGAGCUGCACCCAAGCGGAGGCCGGUCUGCUGAACGUGCACAUCGUGCCCCACACCCACGACGACGUGGGCUGGCUGAAAACGGUGGACCAGUAUUACUAUGGCAGUCGCAACAACAUCCAGAAGGCCGGCGUGCAGUACAUCCUGGAUUCCGUUGUCAAAGAGCUGUGGGAGGAUCCGAAGAGGAGGUUCGUGUACGUGGAGACCGCCUUCUUCUGGAAGUGGUGGGUGCGUCAGGGUGGGGCGGUGCGGAGCAGGAUCAGGGAGCUGGUGCGCCAGGGUCGGCUGCAGUUCGCCGGCGGCGCCUGGAGCAUGAACGACGAGGCCGCCUCCCACUACCACAGCACGAUAGACCAGUUCACCUUCGGCCUCAGCAAACUGAACGAGACAUUUGGGCCGUGCGGUCGCCCACGCGUGGGCUGGCAGAUCGACCCGUUCGGCCACUCCAGGGAGUUCGCCUCUCAUCUCGCCGCAAUGGGCUAUGACGGGCUGUUCCUAGGCAGGAUCGACUACCAGGAUAAGAGGGUGCGGCUGAAGGAAAAGAGCAUGGAGAUGGUGUGGAGGGGGGAUGACGACUUAGGUUCCGCCUCCGAUAUCUUCACCAGCGUCCUCUACAACACGUACUCGCCGCCCCCCGGUUUCUGCUUCGACGUACUCUGCGACGACGAGCCCAUAAUCGACGACCAGAGCUCCCCCAUGUUCAACGUCGACCAGAAGGUGAGUUGGAACUGCGUGAGCGAUCACCAGGUGGUGAUCACAGCCGGAGGGGAUUUG